AUGAAGCUGCUUCUGCGCGCCUCCACUCUCGCCGGACAGUCGCUCCGAUUCGCGUCCCAGCGUCCGAAGGUCUUCUUUGAUGUGAACAUCGGAGACGAGUCGGCCGGACGUGUCACCAUCGAGCUGUUCAACGACGUCGUUCCGAAGACGGCCGAGAAUUUCCGUGCUCUGUGCACCGGAGAGAAGGGUGUUGGCAAGCAGGGAGUUCCACUUCACUUCAAGGGAUCCAAGUUCCACAGAAUCAUUCCGGACUUCAUGAUUCAGGUUAGUAUUUCAACAAAACAGUGGGUUACUGUAUUUGUGAGUGUUUAUUUUAAAAAACGAAAAUAAAGUAUCAAAAACGAAAUGUUUAUUGCAGGGAGGAGACUUCACCCGCCACAACGGCACUGGAGGAGAGUCAAUCUACGGAGAAAAAUUUGCCGACGAAAAUUUUGACCUGAAGCACACCGGACCAGGAUGCGUCUCAAUGGCCAACGCCGGACGCAACACGAACGGAUCACAGUUCUUCAUCUGCACCGUCGAUACCCCGUGGCUCGAUGGAGGACACGUCGUCUUCGGACAGGUCACCGACGGAUUGUCAGUUGUGAAGGCGAUCGAGAAGAUCGGGACGCGGUCAGGAGCACCAUCCAAAACGGUCAGCAUCGCCGACUGCGGAGAGUUGAAGAGCGAGGAGAAAUAA